AGGGAAGUGUAUUCGGCAAAUUUUCCUAAUUGCCCAAAAUAGUCGGGUGAUUGAACUCAUUUUAUACUUUAUAGUAUUCUCACAAUCUCACUUGGUCCCCCGUCCUCUCCAUCGGGAAUAAUCUGGAAGUUCAUAUUAUAGACCGGAAACGCCCAAAUAACACUUCACCACUUCGCCGGAACCCUAAUUUCCGAAAUAUUCAUGGCCGAAAAAUUGGCUCCCGAUAAGCGCCAUGUCUUUGUUCACAACGGUCAGAAGGUGUUUGAAUGGGAUCAAACCCUAGAUGAGGUUAACAUGUACAUAACAUUACCUCCAAAUGUGCCUACAAAGCAAUUUUUUAGCAAAAUUCAGUCUAAGCAUGUCGAAGUUGGGAUUAAAGGCAAUCCUCCUUAUCUUAAUCAUGAUUUGGAGCAUCCUGUGAAGACUGACUCCUCUUUCUGGACUUUGGAGGACGAUACGAUGCAUAUAACCUUGCAAAAGAGGGAGAAAGGCCUAACAUGGUCUUCACCUAUCGUUGGUCAAGGUCAGCUGGAUGCUUAUGCUGCAGAUCAAGAGCAGAAGCGCUUGAUGCUCCAGCGUUUUCAAGAAGAGAACCCUGGUUUUGACUUCUCGCAAGCAGAUUUCAGUGGAAACUGUCCAGAUCCAAGAACCUUCAUGGGCGGAAUUCGCUAGGUUGCUUUCCUGCAUGGCAAGCAUUUCUUACCUACAUGAUUUGUCAUGCCCCAUAUUUAUCUCAGUAAUAAAUGACUAAGUCUCUUAUCCUUUAUGUUAAAUGUAAUUAUCAGUUGGGCAGGCUUGAUUACAGAUAAUAACUAACUUCAAUGCUAAUUUAUGCUAUUUAUCUAAUUAUCUCCAGCACUUGUUUCCA